AUGAAUCCAACGUUAGCCAGCUUUUCAAUAAAUUAUCGUACGAUUGUUAAGCAGACAUAUCGAUACGUCACGCCUUCCUUGGCUGAAUUGGGCGGUCGUGGAAAUUUGCCCGAGAUGAAUAAGCACGUACUUAUGCUGACACGUGUACCCGGUGCUGGUGCAGAACUAUUGGUGCUGAUUUUGCAACGUUUGCAAGGUUACAAUGCCUUUAAGCAUAUUCGUUUGCCACCUGGCGAUUCUGGACUUUUGACAACGCUGCAACAGGAACUUCUCGUGGAAGAGAUUACAAGUAUUAUAAAACAAGAAGCUAUUCCAUUGAGUUUCGAUGGAGACGUAAGGUUUUUAAAUUUUUCCGAAUUCGGUCGUCAGGCACCAACAUUUUUAGCAUUAGUAAGGGAUCCUUUGGAUCCACGUACUCUAUAUAGAUAUCGGAAAGGCGGUGCUGCUGUUCUUUAUCGCGGUACGAUCUCACAUUUUUGCGGACAGGAUCCUCGUUGCUCUAAGAGAAAUAACAAAUGGGCGUUAAAAAGAGCUAAGGCAAACGUUGUUAGAUGGUAUCCAGUGGUCGGUCUUCUCGAUUACAUGGAAGAAACUUUACACGUUCUCCAAAAGGAAUUUCCUUACUUUUUUAUCGGUUCCCUACGAAUAUAUAAUAAGUUGCGACCGAAAGAAAAUUAUCCAUCGAAACGUUCGAUAAAUCUUAAAGCUCGAGCGAAAAAGGUAUUGGAAGAAGUGAUGGCGGAUGAAGUAGAAUUUUACAAGUGGUUGAAAUUUCGAUUACUUAAUAAAACCUCCAUGACGAGCUUUGGCUGUUACUAAAUA